UUCGUUUACACAAAGCAGCGGAGCAGCAGCGGAGCAGCAGUGGGACUGGGCUGUUGUCUGGCGCUCGUCCUGUAAUUAUCUCUCAGUAGUCCAGGGGACAUCACGUCGGCUGCUAAGCUUGCAAGAUGACCUUCAAGAACUUUAGGGAGUACCUGGCCUGGCUGUACUACCAGUAUCUGCUCAUCACGGGCAUCUAUGUCCUGGAGCCCUGGGAAAAGUCCAUCUUCAACUCCAUUCUCUUCUCUGCCAUCGCCAUGGUGGUCUACACCUCCUAUGUCUUUGUGCCCAUCCACGUGCGCCUUGCACUGGAGUUUUUCUCUGGGAUCUUUGGCGGCCAGCCUGAGAGCACUAUGGCACUCAUAAACUAAAAGAUGAGAGAAUAUGGAGGAAAAAGAGGCAGCAAUUGGGUGGAUUAGCAUUAAAUAAUUCCCCACAACUCUUAUCUCCUAGAGCACCUUGUGCCCCUCUUUACACCACGCUCAUCCCGAACCACAGCGGUCCGUCACCUCAGCUAAUCAAGACUGAAAACAUGAAGAUCUUAAUGGAGAAAUCUGGAGAUCAGAGCCUUACUAUCUUCUUUACAUCCCAAACCCUCUGGCCUUACCCCAUGGUAUUAGACAUACGACUGUACAUCACUUUCACAUCCUCGCUGUGAAAUGUUUUGUAAAAUGUUGUUUGUCCUAUUUGUUUUUGUCGGGUUUUUUUGUCAACACAUGUCCUGUGUGAGUGCAUACCACCUCUGGGUUUUGCAUGAUAGGGUCAUACGUGGGUAGUACAUUUGCAUGCUCAUCUCACUACGAAAUACCACUACACUCACUUUUUUCAUCGAGACUUCAAAGCUGCAAUCUUUAAAAGGGCAUUCCAGCAAUUUAGUUUGUCACUUCCUGAAAAAAGGAUUUUGAAAAACAAAAACAACUGAGUAGGUUAUUGACUGGUUAAUACCCCCAUCUUUUAAAAUCAGCACCCAAAGUUUGGGGUAUUUUUCAGACUUAGAGUUGUGUUCGAAAUCGUCAUUUACUAUAUUGUGCAUUCAUUUACUCUAUUGUGUAUUAUAGUGUCUGAAUGUGAAAUGUAUGCAUUGUGUAAUCGCCAGAACAAAUGUUGGUAUUGUACUUUUCUGCAAACCACAGACAUGUAAAAUUUCCACAUUACUCUGUAGCAGAUAUGUUGAAACUUUAUGUUUCUUUAUGUUUUAACAAUGCUGUGGUUCACAUGGUUAUAUUUAGGCACAAAAAGAAAAAGAUAGUUUGGUUGCACAAAGAUGCCACAGAUGUCUUGGCUUAGUUGUUUGUCAUUCUUAAACAUUGGUCUGCAGCUUGGAAGCCAUCUUGCCUAGGUUUUACAUCAUCCAACAUCCUCACCACCUCUAGAUGACAAAGAUAGCUUACAUACAUGUAAUCAGAACUGCAUCGGAAGUGGAAACAUUCACUUUUUUUCUGUGUCUCCUCUCUAAAGUCCAUCGUUUUUGAGGGUCCAUUA